AAAGCACCGGAAAAACUUCCACUAUAUUCCAUUUCCAGGAAGGAGGACUACAGGAAACCAGGCCGGAGGUCUACUCGUUACAAUUAUUACCGAGUCAGAACUUCGUUCAAUUCUUAGAGAUGUUUGACGGAUCGGACCAUUGCCGUUAUGAGCACGAUUAUGGAGAGCCUCCUCCGGAACCGGUUGACGAACCGGAAAAAGGAACCGUUGAUAUUUUGGAAGUGUCACAAACUCUGUAUGGUAUGGAGGACGUAGUGGACAGACGUGAACCAGAAAACUGUGGUGCGGAUACUUUGGAUGUACAAGUGAAAAGUGAAAGUUCGGAAUGGAAUACGAGAUUGUGUUCUGUAGAAUCCGAACUUGAGUCUCCGAAUUUACUUCACCCAGAAAGAAGGUGUCAGCCUUUAGAAGAAUCAAGAAGUAUCAGCAAUAAUUAUAGAGACAUAGUACAAGAAACAAGACUUCCAGAAGAGCAAUCAAACCAAAUCUUAAAAUAUAGCGAUUAUCCUGAGAGCAGAGGGCUAUAUGGAUCUGUUUUCACCAUUCGUGACCCGUACCUUGGAUAUCCUAAUCAGCUUAUUCAAUAUCCAAAUGAAUUACCCAGCCAAAGUGAAUCUCUUGGCAAUUUUAAUUCAUCUAAAUUCAAUAACAGUCCAACGCACACAGAAAUUUAUCGCCCUGUGGUCACACCUUUGAGACAUUGUGAGAAUGGUUUUGGAAUCACAUAUCCAGAAACAAGAAGCCAGACAACAUAUGAAAGUUCCUACAAAACGCCAUGGAGUCCACCAACACCAGUCCAAACACAAGAUCCAUAUCAAAUGUUUGGGCCAACUAGCACGCGUCUUGCAAACUCAGGUAGUGGACAGAUCCAGCUUUGGCAAUUUCUUCUCGAACUGCUGUCGGACAGUAGCAAUGCUUCUUGUAUCACGUGGGAAGGAACCAAUGGAGAAUUCAAACUGACAGACCCGGAUGAAGUUGCCCGGCGCUGGGGGCAACGGAAAAGCAAACCGAAUAUGAACUAUGACAAACUCAGCCGGGCUCUGCGCUACUACUACGACAAGAACAUCAUGACAAAAGUGCAUGGCAAACGCUAUGCUUAUAAAUUCGACUUUCACGGACUUACCCAACAAGCUUCCCAGCCGACUUUGUCAGAUCCAUCAUCCACAUACAAGUACCAGACAGACUUAUUCCUGUCAAAUUAUGGACAUGGACCAAAACUGAAUUUCGGGAUGAAUCCCCACCAUACUGGGGUCGCUGCCCCUAGUAAUUUGUUUCAAUCAACAACGAGCUACUGGAAUAGCCCAAGCAGCAGUAUUUAUGCUAAUAUCUCAACCACUCAUCCGUUACCUCAUCACCAUUCUGGUCAUGUGUCUAGUCAUUAUCCUCAUUAUGCAUGAUGUACAGUUGCGUCUAUAGCAAAGAAAAGAAACUAUACUUGUAUAUUAUUGGCCAAGUAAAAUAUUAUAUGAAUUAGUCUUCGGAAAUGCAAACUGACUCGUUCCAUUAAAAUUGUCAUUCAGCCUUU